CAACAUAAUCAUGAUUCAUAACUUACUUAGUAUCAUUCCAGUCCACCACAUGGGUGAUUUUAGAUAUUCAUAGCCUUCACCAGCUAUACCACCUAUAGUAGUAAUAAUAAGCUUAAUAUAUAUCUAUAUACACAUACACAUACAUAUACAUAUACAUAUUUAUCUGUAUCUUAUAUGUAUGUCCUUUUUUUUUUUUGUUAUUCAAUAAAUAUUCUCCUCUUUCCUUCCUUAUCCUCGCUUAUAUAUACAUAUAUAUGUAUGUAUAUAUAUUAUAUACCUGACUUUUCAGUUGACUGUAUUAAUCCUUUCUUUUUAAAUACAAAACUACUGCCAAUAAAUAUACCUAUUUUUAAAAUAAUAAUAAAAAAAAGAUUAAUGAGGAACAUUCAUUCACCUUCCAUCGAACUGACAUUACCACUUGCAAUAGCUAAAGUAACACCUAUUAUCUUAUAUAAAGCACCAUGACUACUAUCUUCUGUUUCUAUCCCAAAUGGAAUCUCAAUUGUUGUUGUUGUUGUUGUUGAAUUCAUAUUAGUGUGCAAAAUAAAAUUAAAAAGAAU